CGGCCGUUAGUGCGGGUUGUUUUUCUGAUUCCAUGGCCCUACUCUUCCCGUGCAAAAUGUGAAAGGAGAAACGGCUUGUGGAGGGGGUCCUGGGCAAUGAGUCGGCGAAGAAAACUUGGGGACAGCCCUGGUCUGAAGAACACGCUGCGCCAAGCGGCGGCGGCUGAAGAAUGCAGCUCGGUGGUGGACUCGGGGAAGAGGCGGCUGAGGUCGGCCCGCCGAUCGGGGCUCUGCGGGGCCGGAGAGGGGCCUCUCCAGCCUUUGCCGCAGCAAGAGCAGCCUUCAGUAGCCGCUUCGUGCAGUAAAAGUAACCCCGAGGAAAAGUAUGAAACACCAAAGAGAGUGCUGCAAUUGAAUUUAUUGUCAUCUACCUUCAGUUCUCCUAAUGAUCCAGAUGGACAGAAUGAUAUCUUUUGGGAUCAAAAUUCUCCAAUGACCAAACAGUUAGGUAAAGGAAGAAAAAAAAAGAUUUACACCACAGAUAGUGAUGAGAUCUCACAUAUUGUUAAUUGUAUUGCUCCUCAGCCAAAGGAUGAAAAACCAACAACAGACUCCAUGCUGGGUGUGUGGAUUGGUGAAUCUGCUAUUCCUUGUACUCCUAAUGUAGCAAAAGGAAAAUCAAGAGCAAAAAUCAGCUGCACAAAGUUAAAAACGCAAAAUCAAGAGGAAGAACUUAUGAAAUUGGCUAAGGAAUUUGAUAAAAAUAUGGAAGAGCUAGAUGAGAUUCAAGAGCAAAACAAGAGAAAUCAUGAUUUUAUCCAGAUGAUUUCAGAAGCAGAGACUUCAAAUAAUUGUAAAGAUAAUGUACAGAUGCAGUUAUUACAUGAUGUAAUUCCUAAAAUAGAUAAUGCUGUAAUAAAGAAGCCAAUGAGAGAAAAGACCAAGGUAUCUGUGGUAAAUGAUCAAUGUAGCAGUCAGAAGCCAUUUGACCAAAAUGCUGAAGCAGCCUUUAUUGCCAUUUUUGAUGGUUCCACUCAGAAAUGCAGUGGACAGUUAAGCCAAGAUCUGUCAGAUACCUUAUGGAACACCGUUAAUACUACCUUAGGAAAGAAAAGUGCUUUGAAAGAGGAGAAAAUCAUUACUAAUGAAACUCGGGUUACUGAAAAACUGCCAGAUAAACCCACAGCAUCACUUUCUCAUCGAGUAGAUCCUCCUGGAAUGGCAAAAUCUUAUGUGACUUCCAAUACUAAGGAGCCAGAAGCUUUUAAUAAGCACAUGGAUGCAUUUACUACUGGUGAUUUUGAGGAUGAGUGGGAAAACUUACUAAGUAAUGAACCUUUUGUUAUGCAAAAUAUAGAAAUGUGUGAGCCUUUUUCUACCGCUGAAACAACCCAGAUGGUUGAUCAAAAAGAAAUGUGUACUUCUAAGAGUAAAAAUAAUAAAAGUAACUCAAGAAUAAAUAUAAGUUUAGGUGUUGGGUUGAGAGAUUCAAAAACUUUAGUAGAUGUUUCUUCAGAGAUAUAUACCAGUGAAUCAAUAGAUGCUGGAAAAGACAGAUUUUCACCAAAUUCAAAUGAUAAGCCAAACCAAUUACUGUCCAUAGGAAAUAAAGUGAAAUUUGAGAAAUCAUUCAAUAAAAUCAUUGAAGACAAAACUCAAGAUUGUGCAGUUGCAUUUGACCUGACAAAAGUAAAGGAAGAUAUUCACACUAAACUUAUUUCUAAUGUGCAUGCUUCUCAAAAAAAGUCUACUUUGAACACAGGAUAUUCUAAUGAACAAAAAAAUAGGUCCAUUGUUAAUCAGUCUUUUAAAAUGCCUGCUGAUCUAGUUCCUUUUGACUCUGCUGCUAUGGGCAAUGCAAAUCAGACUAAUGGAUCAAAGUUGGUAUCUUUCUCUGAUGAUUGGAAUGACCCAUCAUUUGCCAAUGAAAUUGUUAAAGCAUGUCAUCAAUUAGAGAAUACCUGGGAAGCUGAUGAUGUAGAAGAUGAUUUAUUAUACCAAGCAUGUGAUGAUAUUGAAAGACUAACCCAGCAGCAAGACAUGAGAAAGGACAGCAAGACAUCAAGAAGUAUACUUGAGGUUAAUAAUAGUUCCAGACAUGGAGCCAGAAACCUGUUUACUACAUCUAAACAAGGAAGUCAGUUGGUGCAAUCAAUGCAUUUGAAUAUGAGCAGUGUUUCAGCACAAUCAUAUUUAUUGACAGAUAGCCCACAAAUAAAUAAAGCAAUGAAGAUGCAGCAAGGGCAAAGUUGUGGAAAUUCUCCAAGUUUUUUAGGUGCUACAACAAAUUUGACUAUAUACUCUAAGAACUCAAAUUGUCUGAUCAAAAAUCUGCCUGUCUCUUGGAAUAAUACUGAUGUUCCAAUACAAGCGAAUACUUCCAAAUCAGUUCUUACAAGACGUUCAAGUUUUAAUGUGAAUUCAGAUCAUAUGAGUACAGAAAUAGCUACUUUUAAGAAGAAAUUGAAUACCCAGCCUCUGACCUAUAGGACCAUAACAGAUGAAGCUCAUAAUGACCUUAAUAGAACAACUAGAUUGUCUAAGUAUACGUUUACAAAGAUAAAAAAUUCUCAAAUUCUAUCCCAGAUUAAUCAAAAUUGUAUAACAGGAAGUUUCUCUGAUACCAGAAUUACACAGAGUUUGGAGAAAAACAAAACUGACAACUCAUUAUGUGGAAAGACUGUUCAACAGCAAUCUUUGAUGAAACCUGAAUCUUUGAAACAGUCUUCAAAAGGAAAAACCACUGGUAACAGUUUGGAAGACAUCAUGUAACAUUUUUUAUUGAGUUAAAGGAAGGAGAAAUGGAUGACUCUCUCUAAGUCAAAUUUUCAUGGUGUGACUUUAUUAUAUCCUUUGAAAUUAUUUUCCAGAAUAUCACCAAGCCAACUGUAAGACCAGUUUUAGGGAGCUAUGUUCUUUUCUUUCGUCAUAGAUUAUUAACCUGUGUUCCUUUCAAAUGUAUGGUCAAUUGAAUGUAAACUGUGUGUAUGUAUUCUGAGUUUUUUGUGUUUCUCAGGUUUGAGACUAAAGUAUUAGAUUAUUAGUCUAGCUAAUUUUAAGUAUCUUGUAGUAUCUUUCUGUAAGGAAAAAAAAAGCUACACUCUGAGAUAAUUAGUUUAGGAGUUAAAAGGCAUCAGAAUCAUUAGGAAGUUUAUUUGAAAGAUAUAUCUCUUACCCUGAACACCCACUCCCAUUCAAAUAAUACUAAGAAAGAAAGGGAAGACAGGUGACAUAUUUUAGACAUACACUUCCCUUAGUUAACAAGAGAAAUGUCUCAUAACAAAUUCGGGACCUUUGUUUAGAUGUCAGUGUAAAUAAUAUUUCUCUGCCGGCAGUACUACAGAUUCUUCUCAGAAAGGCAGAUGUUAUA